UCUUCAUUCAUUCAUUUAAUUUUCUCCCUGGAGUUUAGUUCAUUCGCGUAGGUCAUUGGCUGAAUUCGUCGCCAUCUUUCUUUUCUUAGAACUUUUGUCGGCAGUCAGAUUACAUUAUGGGUACCGUUGAACGCGCUGGUGAUGACCAUACCUCGGAGGUGGAGUCUGGCGAAGAGGAGGAAAUCGUUGGCGGUGGUGAACUGGCUCAACAUCUGAUGAAGAGCGGAAUCACCCGUAACGAGAUGCUCGCCGCAAUCACCAACCGCAUCCACGCCGAAGCCAUGGCGUCCCUCCCGCCGAACGUUCGGCGGCGCGUGCGCGCUCUCCGAACGCUCCAGAAGGAGUUCGUCGACAUCGAGGCCAAGUUCUACAGCGAGGUUCACGCCCUCGAGUGCAAAUAUGAGAAGCUGUACAAGCCGUUGUUUGAAAAGCGCGCCCAAAUCGUCAGCGGUGACUACGAGCCCAAUGACGACGAGUGUCUCAACCCGUGGCGCGACGAGAGCGAGGAGGAGGAAUUGGCACGCGCGGUCCAAAACGCGGCCAUCACUGACGGCACCGAGGACAAGCCCAAACCGCCCGGCGACGAGGUCAAGCCUGUCGAGCCCGUUAUGGACCCCAAUGUCAAGGGAGUCCCAGACUUUUGGUACACCAUAUUCAAGAACGUCUCUAUGCUGUGCGAGAUGAUGCAGGAACACGAUGAGCCCAUCCUCAAAUGCUUGCAAGACAUCAAAGUGCAAAUGCACGAGGAGCCCAUCGGAUUCACCCUGGAGUUCCACUUUGCACCCAACGACUACUUCACAAACACAGUGCUCACGAAGGAGUACUCGAUGAAGUGCAAGCCUGAUGAAGAGAACCCGUUGGAGUUUGAGGGACCAGAGAUCUACUCGUGCAAGGGUUGCGAAAUCGCCUGGAAGAAAGGCAAGAAUGUAACAGUGAAGACGAUAAAGAAGAAACAGAAGCACAAGUCUCGCGGCUCAGUGCGCACCGUCACCAAGUCGGUGCAGGCCGAUUCGUUCUUCAACUUCUUUUCACCGCCCGCUAUGCCCGAUGACCCCAACUCGACCCUUGCCUCUGAUAUCCAGAUUGUGUAUGCGUCCGACCAGGCGCUGCUGACCGCGGACUUCGAGAUCGGGCACUACAUUCGCGAGCGCGUCGUGUCGCGCGCUGUCCUGCUCUACACCGGCGAAGGGCUCGACGACGACGACGACGACGACUACGAGGAGGAGGAGGAGGAAGAGUGUUCGACGGAGGAGAGCGAAGAUGAUGAGCCGGCGCCACGGAGACGCGGCAAGAAGGCCAUCAAGGGCGCCCAGGAGAACCCCGCCGAGUGCAACCAGCAGUAGCACGCUAACAACGGCCAGCCGCACGUAUAAGAAAGCCGAUUUGGUGCUCAGUAUAACGGUCUACACUCCAGUCAGGGAUCAUCUGUUUACUAAAACUUAGGCAAAUGCAGGAUAUUGCUUUUAGAUAUGUUUAGAUUUUUGCGACCUGAUCGCUUAUCUGGUAAUUUUCUCAGUAUUCUGACAAAUUGUUAAUGUAAAUUUAUAUCCCCUGUAUAGUAUAUUGUAAGGAACGCCCGUUUUGGAAUGGUGGGCGGCAAGCGUUAGCUCUCAUAGGCCGGAUAAGCUGUAAGUUCAUUUAACGUUAAAUCUAUGUAUUGUGCCUGUUACAUUGUCUAACGCUUGAUAAAAUUUCGAGUUUUGGCCAUUUCCCGUUACAGCUGAGCUCGGAUUAUGGGACCUCGGGAAUAGGUGGAAAUCGUGACAUUCCUAAAAAGAGGUAUGCAACUUGGCACUAUAAUGCUAUCCGCCUUUAAUUCACUACCGUAUUUGUGUCCAUUAAAAUGUAAAGUUAUUUGUAUAGGUCGAUCGGUGCUGAAGGCAUGAUAGCUAAGUGAUAUGUCGUUAGACGCGAUGUAAAGAACACUGCCUCAUGAUUUGUUAACAACUGUUGGUAAAUUUAACGGUCUGCGAGACGGUAUUAUUUUGAUAAAACCUUCCAUGCUAUGAAAUUUCAUGUCCCGUAUCGUUAAUAAAUUUAAUUUUAAUUCUAAUUUAAUUAUCUUACAUGGUUGAGCAGGUUCCAGCCUUAGUUAUUAUUCAUCACAUAUUUUUAUAGAUUGUACCUAUUUCGAAAAUUCGUUUUUAGGCAUAAAUGUUAUUGUUGAUGUCGACAUCAGUGAGAAAUGUUUUGUAAAAAAGGUCAUCGUGAUAAUACGCCAAUGUUCUAUGAUGAUAAGCAUUGGCAGAAGAAAAUGUUGAAGCCGCAUUGCGUACAUACACCAGCUAUAGGAUAUUUGUACACAACAU